GUUUUAAGAAAAAAUGAAAACCGGUAGUCUAGUGCUCUUUCUGGUAUCAAUAUCUAAUUGGGAAGAUGCUACUUAGGCUUCCUCCUCGUCUCUGGGUUUUCGAUUAUUCUGUAUAGGCGUCAAAGCUUGUUCUUUAUAAUUGGAGAAUUUUCUAACAACUUCAAUUUUGCUCUCGCUCCCCGAUUCAGUUGCUACCAUAUAAAAGAAACAGAUAAUGUCGUGGGCUUUAUCAACUUUUGUUUCCUCUGAAGUUCCUCCCGUUUAUGUUGUUGCUACUGCUUCUAGUCCAUUGUUGGGUUGCACCACCAGCUGCUUGGAGGUAGUUGGUCCUAGAAGAACAAGGCUCCAAUUAUCUCUUUCAAUGAAGUGGUCAAGUAUGAGAACUUUUGCCACAGAGUUUAACAGAGUGUCUCAUUUGCCGUCACGCCAAGAAACUUGGGAAGAUCCAGAUGAUGGAAGCGGCAGUGAUUUUGACGAGGAAGAUGAAGAAGAAGAAGAAGAAGAAGUGGAUGAGUAUGACUUGAAUUUUGAAAGUGAUUGGGAAGGUGAAGGAGAUGUUCAGGCCGUCUCUACUACUGAUCAGCCUGCUGCAAACAAGUAUGAGGAGGAUCUUCGGAAAGAGAUUGAACAACUUUUGGAACCCGAAGAACGAGCGAUACUACAGCAGAAUGCAACUCUGAAUGUGGAUAAACUGUCGACUUCGAAAUGGAAUCCACUUCACACUUUUGCGCUAUCAAGUCAGAUUAUUCCAAUGGACAGACUACUUGAAAGUGGAUUUGACAUCGACUCUGUCGACGAGGAUGGUUUUUCUGCUCUCCAUAAGGCAAUUAUUGGCAGAAAGGACGCUGUCAUUGGUCAUCUUCUAAGAAAAGGUGCAAGUCCUCAUAUCAAAGACAAAAAUGGUGCUACCCUGCUUCAUUAUGCUGUUCAAGUUGGUGCAAAACAAAUUGUGAAGCUACUAAUAAAAUACAAUGUGGAUGUCAAUGUUGCAGAUUCUGAUGGAUGGACGCCAUUGCACAUUGCUAUCCAAGGUAGAAAUAGAGAUAUAACUAAGAUUUUGUUGGUCAAUGGAGCAGAUAGGAACAGAAGAAACAAGGAUGGAAAGACACCCUUGGAUUUGAGCUUGUGUUAUGGGAAAAACUUCAAGUCAUACGAUCUUUCCAAGUUACUAAAAGUAGUGCCUGUUCGUGGAGCGUUUUGAUGUGCCAAUUUGAAACAUCCUUCUGCUUGCAUUGACCACUUUGUAUUUAAGUCUUUGGUUGAAGUCCACAAGACCUUGGUUGCAUAACUCUCUUUCAUUCUCUAAUAGACAUAGUAAUUAAUGUGUUCA